CAUGGCAGCCCUAGCAACGGCAGUGCCUACGGGGGCAACCAGCUACCACCAGAAUAACAGGUAUUUCAGUAUUCUGGGUGCUAUUCAACAUUUUCAAAACUCGAAGAUGAAAGCUGUUCAACUUAAGAAAGCUGAAUUUAUAAGAACGAAGGAUAAACUAAAAAACCAACUUUUGAACAUUGAAAAGGAUAAAAAUAUCCUUCUCUUCAACAAGAAGAGCGACUUUAGGAUGGAAUAUUGCACACUGGAAGAACUGGAACACAAACUGACUAAAAACCGGAAAGCAGAAAAAGCUAAGACCCAGGAAAAAUUGGCCAGAAUUCAUAAUAAUGUUAAGGGACUUCAGCGACAGUUAAAAGAUGUGAAGCCAACCCCUGAAUUUGUUGACAGACUCAGAGAAAUGAUGGAAGAAGCUGAAAUGGCAAUAAACACUUUUAAAGAAGAACAGAGACAAAUAUACGAUGAGCUUAUGAAAGAGGAGAAGACUGCUACUAAUGAUGUUAAUGCCUUGGAGAGAAAAAUUGAGAUGUGGGCAUUAGGUAUUUCAGCAACAGGAAGAAUUUUCAAGCAAGGAACACUUCCAUUGGAUAAGGAAAUCCAAAAUCAUCUGCCUGAAGAAGUACUUGAGCUUGAAAGAUUCCUCCAGCAGACAGGAGGGAGGCAAGGAGGCUGGGAUGAAUGUGAUCAUCAAAUCUUUUUGAAAGUUUGGACAAAGCAUAAAGGAAAACCAUCAUAUAUAGAUGAAGCCCUUGAUUAUCUCCCUGACAGAACAAGGGAGGAAAUUCAGCAGCAUGAAAAAUGGCAUCAAGAAUUUCUAACUUUAGAGGCACAAAAAAGGGAGUCCAUUCAAAAAUGGAAGAUGAAGAAGCAGCAAGAAAGAGAGAAAAUCUUAGCCCUAAAGGAGAAGCCAGAGGCAGUGCCCAGUGCAGCUAAACUUCAGCGUGAAGAAACUCAGAAGCAAAAGGCGGAUGAGGAAAGAAAAAAACGACUAGUAGAGCUUGAAGCAUGGAAAAGACAGAGAGCGAUUGCACAUGCCAUGAAACAAGCCGCUCAGCUCCAAGAGGAAGAAGAGAAGGAGAAAAAAAAGCAGAGAGAACGUGAACGGCAGUUUCAGAUGAAGUUGCUGUUGGAAAACUAUGGUAGACAGAAAAAGGAGCAGGAAGAGUUUUUGAGACUUGAAAAAGAAAAAAGGGAGGAAGCUGAAAGGGAAGAGAAGAGAAGAACUGCUGCAGAACACAUUCUUAAGUUCCAAGAACGAGAUCUGCAUAAACUUGAGCUUAAGAUACUAGAAAAACAGGCAAAAGAAGAUGAAAUUAAAGAAAAAGAAAAAAGAUUGUCCAAAUUGAGAGAGAAGGUUGAAGUUAAUGUAACUCGAGACCCAUGUAGGCUGUACAGACCUACAAAAGUUUGGGAAGAACGAACAAAAGAGAUUGGACCAGAGGGUACAGUGCCACUUCUACAGAUUCCACACAAGGCUGUUCCAAGCUGGCGACAAGGGCUAUAGCUGGAUAUCUGCCUGCCAAUUAGUUAGAAGAUUCAUAACUUGCAUAUGUAAAGUGACUGGGUAUUUUAUUACAUUUUUAUGACUUUGUUAUGGGAUAAAAAGGAUGUUCAUUUUAUACUGAGUGUGAAGUUUUGUAAAUGGGAAUUCUAUGUCAUGUUAAAUAAAAGAUCAAAUUACAUUGUUUUGUAGAUUACUGCAAAAAGAACUAGCAAUGGCUAUGUAUAAAAAUGCAAUAAAGCAAAUGUUCUCCCUUUCUUCUUUUGCAUUUUCUUCUCCUU